AAAAAAAAAAAACCCUGGCUAGCUUAAUAGUUGCGUGACCUUGGUCAAGUUAUUUGAGCCUCAGUUCUAUAUCUGUAAAUGGAAAUAAUAAAAAUUACUAUGGAGGGUUAAUGCAAGGAUUCAAGAUGUUACUGUAUAUAAAGUGCAAUUACUGACAUAUCAUUAGAUUUUGAAAAAUGAUGCCUUUUACUAUUAUUGUUGUUGCUAUUAUUGUUAUACUAUUGUACUGUGUUAUUAUAUUCCCCUAAUGAGAAAUGCUAUUCUUUAUUAGGCUGUAAACUCCUGGGUAGGAAUAGUAUCCAAAGCCUUCUGGUAUCACUCAAAUACUUGAUCAAAGUCAGGGCUUAUUAAAUGUUUGUUGAGUGGUUAAAAAGAGUCUUGAUGUUGAGAGAACUUCCUGCUUACUUACACUAUAGAUUUAGGAAACAGUGAGAAACAGCCUGAGACCCACAGGAAGGGUGGAGGGUUUUUUUGCCCAAUUUAAACUGUGAGUGUUGGCGGGUGGUGUCCUAAAGAAAAAUGAGAAUGAGUAAUAAUCUACUCCUCAUACUCUUCCAGAAGGCUCAGAAAGAAAAUAUAUCCUUUUCCUUUCAGUUUCUUUCUUUCUUUCUUUUUUUUUUUUACCUUCACUGAUAGAUUUCAUGUUCCAGCAAGUCCUGCUGAUCUCUUUUUGUGUUUUCUUUCUGUCUCCUAAUUCUCUUCUCCAUCUCUGGUCUCUGCUACCUAUGGGAAUAGUGCUGCUGACCUGGUGUCCACAGAAGAAAACUUCUGGAAAUCAGGAGGCAUUGUGCAUUCAGGUUUCUAGAGCUGUUACAUUCUAGUCCUGUGGACAGCAUGCCAGCAAGAGGUACCCAGUGCUUGCAUCAAAAGUGCACAUCAGGUUUGCUGAGCACCAAACUCCCUUUAUUUUGCCAUCUCAGCCCAGCUUUCCCCUCAGCUGUUCUGCAAAGGUGAAAGGCAAGUUCACAGGAUGCAGGGCCUUCUUUCUUCCCUGACAUCUGGUUUGAUUCUGGGCAGCUAAAUAGUGGCUUUGCCAUGAACAACAAAAGCUAAUUCACUGUGGUGGUUUUUAAACACCAAGUGGAAAUAUUUUUCCUUUUCAGCUUGGGGUCACUGGAAGGGAAAAAACAGGGCUGAGAGGGAGAUUAACCUUUUAAAACCUAUUAUGACUUCCCAGAAAAAAUAUAAAACAAUGGCAGCAUUUCCUUUUAUUCGUGAGAGUCUUUUCGUGAGUGAUUGUUGUUAGAGGCAAGAUUGGGGCUCUGAAGAAGAUUUUUAAAUACUAGCUUAGCUUGGUUUUCUACUCAAAAGGUCACCAUGAUUGCUUUUAAGAACCCACACAAGUCCCUGUAAAGCCUAGGGUCACCCUCUUUGCUUUCUCUCUCUUCUGUCUUCAUUUCUGGCUGACCUUCCCUCCUUCUCUCCAGCCCUUUGCUUUCUUCCCUCAAUCAGGGCCCUGACUCUCUGCUAAAGGGAGGGGAUCAGUGCAAUUAGCAAGAUUUUAGGCAAUGGCCAUGCCAGCAACUGAUGCCACUGACAGAUGCUUGGGAGGCUGAAGAUUCUGUCUGGGUCAUUUCUCUAAGGUUCCAGCCAGACUUUCUGUUGAUUUGGGCUGUCUUAAUGCAUCCCAGAGCCUCAGAGCCAUUCAGUUCCUCUUCGGAAAUGAAGUCACUCAUUCUGAUUCUUGCUGCACAUAUUAAGGAGCAGAAGUAUCCAAUACAGGGAGUCACAGCCAUCAGCAGAAAUCUGGCAACUGAGAAAAAAGCAAGUCCAUCUGCCUCACUAGUUGUUCUUUUAAUGUUCUCUCUGGACUGCAAAGCAAAAGCUUGUCUCCCACUCUCCAUUAGUUUAUCCUCUUUCCUUCGCUCUUCCCUUCUAGCUUCUGCACACGGAUUCACUUGCUGGGCUCAGUUGGGAGGCAACUCAUGUGCUAUGACAACAUAAGGCUAUUAGGGCAAAGCCAUGAAAGUCCCUAAACUCUCCCUUUCUUGCCAAGAGGAAGAUCUGAAUAGGGUCCAGGAUGGUUGCUGUUUGCAAAGUGGUUUGAGUAGUCUUGCUAUGCGCUAUUACUGCUGUUAUCAGCAUCAUGAGAGUCUAAUAUGUUGACACAGGUGGUGUGUGUGUGUGGGGUGGAGUGGAGGAGAUCAGAAAUUGAUUUGUAACCUGCAAAGAGCAAACUCCAGUUGUGUCGCCUCCACCCCCACCAUUCUUGUCCUUUCGGUGAAUGUGCAAAUAUUUGCAGACCUGUUGAAUAGUGCACCCUCAUACCAACCUAAAAUUUCACAGCCAAGUAAACCAGCCCCAUUCUGGUGAGAAGAAUGGGUGGCAACCUGGGGCAGCUAUGUAGUGAUGGGUUGGAAUGUAUUCCUUCUCCUGAUCAGGCAGUUGGCAUAGGGGCUGGGCUGCUGUGGCUACCUGGAUUUGGGCAUUUGUCCAGCUCCCUGUCUCUGACAGUGUGCUAAUGGUUUCCAUAGCCACAUGGCACUUGGCAGAGCUUCUUAAACUGGUGUGGCCUGAGACUCUGCAUUCUAACAAGCUCCCAGCUUAUGCUCGUAACCCCCUGGCCAACUGCACUUGGAGUAGUAAGGCUGUAAAGAAGUCUCAUUGUUACCUAAACUGCUACAGGGAUGAAAAAGGAAAGUGUUAAGCCCCUCCUCUGGAGACAGGGUGUGUCCUGGCUGCCCUGUAGUUCUGAUUUGCCAUUCAAGUGAACCUGGAGGGAUUAGCAGCCAGCCUAGCACUUGGAUGAGACCAUCUCCCCCUCCAGGGGGGAGUCCCAGAGGCAGCACAGAGGUUCGGUGAAAAUCUGCCAUCAUCCUUACAGAAGGUUGCCCUCUCUCACCCUCCAUCCCCCCCCUGCCCUGCUUGCUGACUUAAGCAGAUCAGCUUUCAGCUCUCUGGCAUUCAGAGACGUCUUUGCAUAAAAGAAAAGGCCCUUCCUUAAGGAGCAGAGCGGGAAUCCAAGCAUGGCUCUGGCCUGCUGCAUGCCCAAGAAUGCAGCCGUCUCCAACCUGGACAUUGAGAGUAAGCUGAGUGUGUACUACCGUGCCCCAUGGCACCAACAGCGGAACAUCUUCCUCCCGGCAACAAGGCCACCCUGCGUGGAGGAGCUGCACCGCCACGCCCGGCAGAGCCUGCAAGCCCUGCGCAGAGAACACCGGAGCCGGAGUGAUCGCCGUGAGCAGAGAGCAGCUGCCCCCCUUUCCAUCGCAGCUCCUCCACUGCCACCCUACCCUCCAGCUCACAGCCAGAGGAGGCGUGAGGUUAAGGACCGUCACUUCUUAACGUUUAACAGCACCCGUUCGCCCUCCCCCACUGAGUGUUGCCACAUGACCCCAUGGAGUAGAAAGUCCCAUCCCCCAGAGGAUGAAGAUACAGAUGUCAUGUUAGGGCAGAGGCCGAAAAACCCAAUACACAAUAUCCCUUCUACACUGGACAAGCAGACCAACUGGAGCAAAGCACUACCUCUCCCAACGCCAGAGGAGAAGAUGAAACAAGAUGCCCAAGUGAUUUCUUCCUGUAUUAUUCCCAUCAAUGUCACUGGAGUUGGCUUUGACAGAGAGGCUAGUAUACGCUGCUCUCUGGUUCAUUCACAAUCAGUACUACAGCGGAGACGAAAAUUGAGGAGGAGGAAAACCAUCUCGGGUAUCCCCAGAAGAGUUCAACAAGAAAUAGAUUCUGAUGAAUCACCAGUGGCCCGGGAAAGGAAUGUGAUUGUGCACACAAAUCCAGACCCCUCCAACACUGUCAAUAGGAGAUCCGGAACCAGGGACUCUGAGUGCCAAACCGAGGAUAUUCUGAUUGCUGCCCCUUCCAGAAGGAGAAUCAGAGCUCAAAGGGGUCAAAGCAUUGCAGCUUCCCUUUCUCAUUCUGCUGGCAACAUUUCUGCCCUAGCAGACAAAGGUGAUACCAUGUUUACUCCUGCAGUGAGUAGCCGCACAAGAUCUCGGAGCCUUCCCCGGGAAGGUAAUAGAGGUGGGGAUGCUGAGCCCAAAGUUGGUGCCAAACCCUCAACAUAUGAAGAGGGAGAGUCUUUUGCGGGUGACCAUGAAAGAGCCCCUAAUGAUUGCAGUGAGGCUCCAAGCAGCCCGAGCGCCCAGGACCACCAGCCCACUUUGGGCCUGGCCUGCUCUCAACAUCUUCACAGCCCCCAGCACAAAUUAAGUGAGAGGGGAAGGUCACGACUGUCCCGAAUGGCUGCUGACUCUGGCAGCUGUGACAUCUCCUCCAACUCAGACACGUUUGGGAGCCCCGUCCAUUGCAUCUCCACAGCUGGCGUCCUCCUUAGCAGCCACAUGGACCAGAAAGAUGACCACCAGUCAUCCAGUGGCAACUGGAGUGGAAGCAGCUCCACAUGCCCCUCCCAGACCUCAGAAACCAUCCCUCCUGCAGCUUCUCCACCACUUACUGGCUCUUCGCACUGUGACUCGGAGUUGUCACUAAACACAGCCCCUCAUGCCAAUGAGGAUGCCAGUGUCUUUGUGACAGAGCAAUACAAUGACCACUUGGAUAAAGUGAGAGGCCAUCGGGCAAACUCCUUUACCUCCACUGUUGCAGACCUGCUGGAUGAUCCCAACAACAGCAAUACAAGUGACAGUGAGUGGAAUUACCUACACCACCACCAUGAUGCCUCCUGCCACCAGGAUUUUAGUCCUGAGCGUCCCAAGGCAGACAGCCUGGGCUGCCCAAGCUUUACAAGCAUGGCCACUUAUGACAGCUUUCUGGAAAAGUCUCCAUCAGACAAAGCGGACACUAGCUCUCACUUUUCAGUAGACACGGAAGGAUACUAUACCUCCAUGCACUUUGACUGUGGUCUUAAAGGUAAUAAGAGUUAUGUCUUUCACUAUGCAGCCCUGGGCCCAGAGAAUGGCCAGGGUAUAGGGGCUCCCCCUGGUCUUCCAGACUGUGCCUGGCAGGACUACUUAGACCACAAGAGGCAGGGAAGACCAAGCAUCUCUUUCAGGAAACCAAAGGCAAAGCCAACGCCACCUAAACGUAGCUCAUCAUUGAGGAAGUCUGACGGAAAUGCAGAUGUUUCUGAGAAGAAAGAACCAAAGAUAAGCAGUGGUCAACACCUGCCUCACAGUUCCAGGGAAAUGAAGCUGCCUCUUGAUUUUGCCAACACACCUUCUCGAAUGGAAAACGCCAAUCUUCCCACCAAGCAGGAACCUUCUUGGAUAAACCAGAGUGAACAUGGCAUUAAGGAAUCUCAGUUAGACACUUCGGAUAUUCCACCAUUCAAAGAUGAAGGUGCCGAAUCCACUCACUAUGCAGACCUCUGGCUCCUAAAUGACUUGAAAACAAAUGACCCUUAUAGAUCUCUAUCUAAUUCAAGCACCGCUACGGGUACCACAGUCAUUGAAUGCAUCAAAUCUCCAGAGAGCUCUGAAUCCCAAACAUCGCAAUCAGAAUCAAGAGCCACCACCCCAUCUCUUCCUUCUGUUGACAAUGAGUUUAAACUGGCUUCACCAGAAAAGCUGGCUGGCUUGGCAUCUCCAUCAAGUGGCUACUCAAGCCAGUCUGAAACGCCGACAUCCUCUUUCCCUACAGCUUUCUUUUCAGGUCCAUUGUCUCCCGGAGGUAGCAAAAGAAAACCUAAAGUCCCAGAAAGAAAAUCCUCACUACAGCAACCCUCUUUAAAAGAUGGAACUAUAUCACUGAGUAAAGACCUUGAACUUCCAAUUAUACCUCCUACCCAUCUUGACCUAAGUGCUCUUCAUAAUGUCUUGAACAAACCAUUCCACCACCGUCAUCCACUGCAUGUUUUUACUCAUAAUAAGCAGAACACAGUAGGAGAAAUGCUGAGGUCGAAUCCUCCACCAUCCCUUGCAAUUACACCAACCAUCCUGAAAUCUGUUAACCUUAGGUCCAUCAACAAAUCAGAAGAAGUUAAGCAAAAAGAAGACAACAAUACAGAUCUCCCUUAUUUAGAAGAACGCACGCUUACAACGGCUGCCUUGUCGCCAGGUAAGGUUAAGCUGCAUACAGCAAAUAAAUCAGUAUCUCGUCAGUACUCUACCGAAGACACCAUACUGUCCUUUUUAGACUCUUCUGCAGCUGAGAUGGGACCAGAUAAACUACAUUUAGAAAAAAACCCUACUUUUGAUGUGAAGAAUCGCUACAAUCCAGAAACCGUAACUUCAGCUGGUAGCAAUCUUAUAGAUUCAAAUGUCACAAAAGAGCCAGUGCAUACAGAGACUGAGCCUAUUCCAGAAAACACACCAGCCAAAAACUCUGCUUUUCCCACAGAAGGAUUUCAAAGGGUCUCUGCUGCCCCAAAUGAUUUGGAUGGUAAAAUAAUACAAUAUGGAGCUUGUCCAGAUGAAACCCUAGAACAGGUACAAAAGGCACCCUCUGCAGGUUGGGAGGAAGUUGCACAACCUGAAUCUGCGGAUGUAAUCAUAUCUCAGUCAAACUCACCAACUAGAGCAACAGAUGUAAGCAAUCAACUUAAGCAUCAAUUUGUUAUGAGCCGCCACCACGACAAAGUGCCUGGUACUAUCAGCUAUGAAUCAGAGAUAUCACCUGUAAAUUCAUUCUCUGAAAAAUGUUCCGAGCAGGAAAAUAUUGCUUCAGGUAUUUCAGCCAAAAGUGCCUCUGAUAACGGCAAAGCAGAGGAGACCCAAGGAAAUGUGGAUGAGGCUUCAUGGAAAGAUUCAUCACCGAGUGAUGACUCCAUCAUUUCACCACUUAGUGAAGACUCCCAAGCUGAAGCAGAGGGUGUGUUCGUGUCUCCCAACAAACCUCGAACAACUGAGGAUUUAUUUGCAGUCAUUCACAGAUCCAAGAGGAAAGUACUUGGAAGAAAAGAUUCUGGGGACAUGUCUGUUCGAAGCAAAUCUAGAGUUCCCCUCAGCAGUAGCAGCAGCAGCACCAGCUCCAUCACUUCACCCAGCAGCAACGUGACAACCCCAAACAGCCAGAGGUCUCCUGGUCUCAUAUACCGAAAUGCCAAAAAGUCCAACACAUCCAAUGAAGAGUUUAAGCUGUUACUGCUCAAGAAAGGCAGUCGUUCAGAUUCCAGUUACCGCAUGUCUGCCACUGAGAUCCUGAAGAGUCCCAUCCUGCCCAAACCUCCUGGGGAGCUCACAACAGAGUCCCCUCAGAGCACUGAUGAUGCCCAUCAGGGGUCACAAGGGGCCGAGGCAUUGUCCCCACUCUCUCCAUGCUCCCCACGAGUUAAUGCAGAAGGCUUUUCCUCGAAGAGCUUUGCCACCUCAGCAUCAGCAAGGGUUGGACGUUCUCGGGCCCCUCCUGCAGCCAGCAGCAGCCGCUACAGUGUCCGCUGCCGGCUAUACAACACGCCCAUGCAGGCUAUCUCCGAGGGAGAGACAGAAAAUUCUGAUGGGAGUCCACAUGAUGACCACUCCUCCCAGAGCUCAACAUAGACUGCCUGUACCAGGCUGCCUGGCAAACGCCAAAACCGUUACUCAUGUGAGGAUGGAGGAACGGAAUAGAGGACUUUGGAGAAGUCUCAACUUGAUGGGGUAGCAUAACUGUUAUGUAAUGAAUGAAUUUCUAAAUACAGUAUGUGCUGGGUAAACAAAGUGGUUUAGACAUUGUUGAUUAGUUUCCAUGUUUUAAGUAGCUGCACUGUCUUUCAUGUUUUUCUUUAGCGUAGUUUGAGUUACCCAAUCUCCUUCCUUGUGAAAAUAGAGGAUACAAAAAUGUCUAACUUUCAUGACACCUAGAAAACGUUUUCCCAGAGCUGCCUAUUCAGAAAAUAAAGCCGUCACUGUCAUUAUUCUUUAAGAAGAUGAAAUUACUCUGGAGGUUUGGUAUUUUUUUACAUUAAAACAAACUAAAUCAAAAUUUAGAAGAAAGAACUACACAUAUGUAAAUACCAUAUUUUUGAUAAAAAUGUGUAAAUAGAUUUAUCAAUGAUGAGUAGACAUGUGGUCAACAAUCUACCGCACACCAACUGUUUAUAAAACACACAAAAAUAAAAUGUAAUAACUGUAUUCUGUGAAUACCAUUUUCAUAUCAAAUGCCAUAUUUAAAUGUCCACCACUAUGAUUUCUGAGUGGUAAACCUCAAAUAUGAAUUUUAAACUGGUGAACUAAAGGAAAUCUUGAGGUCAUAUACUGAAAUAUGAUUAAUUUAAAAUAAUAAAUUCAGAUCUAAUCAUUUUUGUGACAAAUUGCAGCACCAAACAAGCUAAUAGCAACUCAUGGCUGUGAUUUGUUUGAUAAUUUGGACAGAAUGAAAAGCAUGCUUUUGGUUUUUUUAAAUCAAUGAGAGAAGUCAUCAUUCUCAACACAAAGCCCUGAACAACAGCAUUUGACAGUGUCCUUUAGAUUUUAAUUUUUUCAAUGGAUUGCUUUAAAGAGAAUGAGUAGGGAAAACAGUAGUUAAUUUUAGGUUAUGUUUUAUAUUAGGCUACUGGGGACAUAAACAGUCAUAACUAAUGACUAUAAUCAUUAAACUCCUUAAACAGUUUAGAAAUUAGCUCCAGCUUCUUAAACUAACAAAAAUAAAACCUAAGCAUGCCACAGAGCUAUUGAUUAAUCAGUAAGUACCUGUGAUGAGUUUUCAGUGAAGCUUUCUCUCUGUGCUGAUAAGAUUCAUGCUACCUAAAAAUUAACAGAAAUGACACUGUGAACAAUGUAGUUGGGAAAUAGGUAUAUGUAUGUGCAUUAUUUAUAUCCAUUGUUAAACUGGGAAUGGGGAACAGCUCUGGUUCACAAUACUACAUACAACUGAGUUUUUGUCUGGUUUUACUAUAGUGUCUGCUUGAUGGCAAAAGGGGAGGGUGGUGGGUGGGAGAGGAAAUGUCAGGGCAGGUGCUCUGAUAAAAUAAAGGCAGGGAAACAAGCUGAAUUACUUGAAAUUACUUGAAUUUUCUUGUCUUAAAACUGAAAAAAAAAUGUAGUUACAAGUUAAAAUCUGCAAAUGGUUUUUACACCUCUGAUUUUAACAUAAAUUGGAAACAUGUUAGAAAUAUAAGCAGCUAUGUACUUAGAAUAGGUUUUGAAUGGGAGAGGUAGAAUGCAGAGAGAAUUAAGAAGGGAUCUGACUUAUAAAAGACUAGAAUGUGAUUAGAAUGAUAGAACAUACCAAGGUUACCAAGAAAUUGACAAGCUGCUGGCUUUAAGCUUAUGCAAGUGGUAGUUGGGAAAGUAGGAGGUGUGGAAGGGGGUUUGCGUUUCGGAUUAAUUCAUGUAAAAUGAAGGAGGAAGCCUGGUCUAAGAAGAUACUGUCUUUCAAUAGAAAUGCUUUCUAAACUGCUACAGAUUAAGAAUAGGGAAUAUGAUUGCUGUUGUUUGUUUGUUUGGAAAGAAAAAACAUUGUCUGGCUUCUUCUACUAUUUGUUUUCACUACCAAACUGUGUUACUUAAUUUCUUGUCAUCCUUGUAUGUAAAAUGGGUGCUGGGGGUGGAGGGAUAUAAGAAGAGGGAGAGAGUGUAUGUGUGUGUGUGAGUGUGUGUGUGCGCACACACACAAUGGGGAUAGAUAAGCUACCUGGUAAAGGGUUUGAACAUUUACAAAGUGUUAUACUUUUUCUUAAAAGAAAAUGUUUUGGGGUUUGAAUAAAAUGGACCAUCAUUUCUCAUUGGAACACAUUAGUUAAGAAACCAGCAUGGUUUGACACUACAUGGGAACAUGAAUAAAUCUGUCUCAUGAUUUGAAAAGUAUACUUUGCAAAAUUUUAAAAAUGAAGUUUUUAGACAAAUUCGAUAAGAAACCGUCAUUUCCAGUCACAAUAGGGGAUCUUUUGUAAUUUUCAUAAAAGCAGUUCGUUUGCAGUAUGGCUUUUGUGUAGUUAGGGGUUUUUUAAGUGUGAAGAAAGGUAUGUGGGCUUUAAAAGUGAUUCUAAAUCUUGAAUAGAAAACACAUGAAUUGGCUUUAAUAAAAAUGUCACCUUUUUAUUAUUGACAUUAAUUUAAUUAAUGGUACCAUAUAGUUUUUAAAAUACAUAUUGACUUGAAUUGUGAGGCAAUAAGAUAACUUCUAUAUGUAAUGAUCACAGAACUAACCCUUAUAAUAUAGUUUUACUUAUUUUGCUUACUCUAAAAAUCUAUAGCAGAGUUUCUCUAUUUUAUAUUUCAUAGAUUUAAAAAACCCAAAUAAAGAUGGAUUUAAAAUUCACUGUGGAAAAGAGUACUGAGUUACAAAUUGAGAAGAAAAAGCAAGAAGUUCCUGAAUAAUCUGGAAUAUUCUACAUGGCUUGAUUACAUAGCAAACAAGACCAAGAUUUAGGGCUGUCUUUAACAUCACUGCCAUCUUGAAGCAGGGUACACACAUUAGGUAUUGUGAAGAACAUCAAUCUGAACUUCUGUUGUUUGCACUGAUGCAAUUUUUUUGUUCUUUUAUGUUUAUACAACAUAUCUAUGUUGUGUAGGGGAAUUUUUUUUUCCUUUUAUAAAAAUUCUACUUCGAUUUUUUUUUUGUUUUGUUUUUGGCUAAGUGGAGGACAUGGACUAGUUGCAGCAAAUAAAACAUGCUGUUUGCUCUUGCCAAAGGUCAGUGAGUGAGUACAUUUGCUGCGGUGGCGGCACAUAGAGAACUAGAUGGUAACAAAGAUUUAAAACUAAAGAAGGUUACAGUGUAACUAUUUUGGUACUAGAACCAGUUCAUGCUGGCCGAAAAGACAAUGGUUUAUGGGCUUGCAUCCAUUUUGUAUUUUUGUAAUAUUUGUAAAUACGGACUUUUUAAAUCGUUGCAAAGAUGGUUUCUUUUGUAAGAUGUUUUCAACGUUUACAUUCAAUCCAAGCCUUUGUAUAUUUUAGAGCUGUGCAACACUUUAAGUCUUGUAUUUAUUUUUAGUAAAAACGGUGACAGUUUCAUUGUGAACCCCUCUCAAAAAAAUGUAUCAGAAAAGUUUAAUUACCUAGAAAGUGUGUAUAGAAACUGCAAAUAAACGUGACUGCAAUUAAACAA